AUGGCUUCCGAUGCACCAAGCCUGUCGUGGGACAUCACCACAAGGUUGAUCAUCCCACGAGCUGUUGACGCAUCACUCGCAAUCACGUUGUCAAAUACGCCAGAAGAAGCCGACGACUCCCAACCCAGGGGCGUUGAGCUAGCGGGCGGAUCGAAAUUGGGAGUUACGCGCCCAUCAUCUCCUCCACCGAAUUACCCAGUCUCUGAGCCCUCUGAACCAUCAGGGAGCUCACCACGACCACCGCCGUUCUCAUCACUCUAUACUUCCACCGAAGAAGUCGUUGAAGCGUACAAGACAGCUGUCACUGAAGCCGGCGCUUCUGCAUCAGUCCCUGCUUAUUCGCCCGCUGCAUGCGAAUCACACCAAGCUUCCGCCUCUGCACAGGACGUUGACGUCGUUGCGCAAACCAAGAGUUGUCUUCCGCAGGAUACAAAAGGGGAAUCUUCCAAGAAAGACGACGAUAGCGAGCCUCCGCCUGCAUACUCAGAGGGUUCAAGCCCGUUAGAGUCAUUUACAUAUCUGAUGGCUGCCGCGGGAGGUGCUGCGAGUAUUCUUACUCAGGUGCAGCAAGGUGGUCCGCCACCGAUCAAUACAUUAGGAGAUGUCGGCGCCGAUGAGAAUAUCACGAUGGACCUGCGGGGCCAACGGUUUACAUUGUCGCGAGACGAGCUCCUUACUCUCCCCGAAUUUGUCCUCCUUUCGCUAUUCCCCAACGGUCUACUUCCAGAUGGGCAUAUGAAUACCUACCAAGAAGGCGACGCUUUCCAAGUUGAUUAUGAUCCUGCAUCGUUACAAUACAUGCUAGAAUUCUUCCGCAACGUCGCGCAAACAAUACCUUCGGGCUCAAACUCCCCCUCUACGGGCCCCGAUGCCGAUACGGUCCCAAUUGAGCCAACGACAGGCUCGGCGCGAGAGAUGCUUCAAGAUAGAGCUGGCAUAAUUGUAUUGAGAGAAGAUUUGGAUUUUUACGUCAUACCCCCGAGACCAGAUAUCGAGCAACCAGAAAUGAUAGAGGUGAAGAGAUCGGCAGGCAAAGCAUUGUUAAAACAGGACGGCAUAUUCUCUGGCUUGAGACGAAGCGAGGAAACCGGGACAACUGAGCAGCAUUUGAUUGAGAUGCUGACAGCUGGUGGAUUUAAUCAUGAUGAUCAUUGGGGACACAGAGCAAACGAGCCCAACAAAGCAGUUAUUUGCAGUCUUGCCCUUGCAAGAUUACGAACUGAUAUCCGAGGCGGCGAGAUGGGAAACAAUGCAGUGGGAAUGGCUCAGAAGUUACUGCUAUUCUGGAGGAAACCUGCUCGAAGAUGCUGGUGGGAGGGUGUGGAGUUGGAGAAUGUCGAUGGAGUAGAUGGCAAACUCAAGGUGUGGAUUCGAAGAGUAUGGACACUGGAGAUGAGUGUAAUUGGGCUUAGAUGA